CUGGCCUGGAGCGCAGCGGCGAAGGCGGUACCGCAGGCUCGCAGCGUUCCCCGGGGCAUGGACCCCGCGCUCUGCCCGCGCCCGGCUGCUCCCAGCGCCCUGCACGCGGCCGCUUAGAGCCCGCGACCUACCCAGCCGGACAAAGGGCGCCGCAUCCCUGCGCUGCCCAGCCCAGCCCCUGGAGGCAGCCGGGCUCCAGGCUGGUCCCCGUCUCCGUUCUCCGCCCCAAACUUUGAGUUAGUUCGGAGCAAAAGACUGAUGAGGCACCGGAGAGGAAGUCCUCUGCCUGCUGUUGAGGAGUAAGCGCAGUGCUUACUUCAGGGCAAAGAGAAAAGCGGAGAGCAAACAAGGAAAAAGGAAAAAAAAAGAUGAUUGUCCAGGAAGUGGUCCGCAUAGUAUUCCUGGUGGCUCUUCUGCAUUCUUCCCUAGCUGGAGAUGGGACCCCCCAGUCCGAGAGCAGGGCUGAGGAGAUUCCGGAGGGGGCGUCCACUUUGGCUUUUGUGUUUGAUGUGACUGGCUCCAUGUAUGAUGAUUUAGUUCAGGUUAUUGAAGGGGCUUCCAAAAUUUUGGAGACGUCUUUGAAAAGACCCAAGAGGCCGCUCUUCAACUUUGCCUUGGUGCCUUUCCAUGACCCAGAAAUUGGUCCAGUGACAAUUACCACAGAUCCCAAAAAAUUUCAGUAUGAACUCAGAGAACUGUAUGUUCAGGGAGGUGGUGAUUGUCCAGAAAUGAGUAUUGGAGCUAUAAAAAUUGCCUUGGAAAUUUCUCUUCCUGGUUCUUUCAUCUAUGUUUUUACUGAUGCGCGAUCCAAGGACUAUCGGCUCACCCAUGAGGCGCUGCAGCUUAUUCAACAGAAACAAUCCCAAGUGGUAUUUGUGCUCACUGGAGACUGUGAUGACAGGAAUCAUAUUGGAUACAAAGUCUAUGAAGAAAUUGCCUCCACAAGUUCUGGUCAAGUGUUCCAUCUGGACAAAAAGCAAGUGAAUGAGGUCCUCAAGUGGGUGGAGGAAGCAGUGCAGGCCUCCAAAGUGCACCUCUUGUCCACCGAUCAUUUGGAACAGGCUGUAAAUACUUGGAAAAUUCCUUUUGAUCCCAGCCUCAAAGAAGUGACCGUGUCCCUGAGUGGCCCUUCUCCCGGGAUUGAAAUUCGCAACCCAUUCGGGAAGCUGAUAAAAAAGGGAUUUGGCUUGAAUGAGCUGUUAAAUAUCCAUAACUCUGCCAAAGUGGUGAAUGUCAAAGAGCCUGAAGCUGGGAUGUGGACAGUGAAGACCUCCAGCAGUGGAAGGCAUUCUGUCCGCAUCACCGGUCUCAGCACUAUUGAUUUCCGAGCUGGCUUCUCCCGAAAGCCCACGCUGGACUUCAAAAAGGCCAUGAGCAGACCAGUGCAAGGGUUACCUACCUACGUGCUCCUGAACACUUCUGGGAUCUCCAGGCCAGCUAGAGUAGAUCGUCUUGAACUUCUGAGUAUCUCAGGGGGGUCUCUUAAGACCAUUCCUGUAAAAUAUUACCCAGACCGGAAACCUUAUGGCAUCUGGAAUAUUUCUGACUUCAUUCCACCAGAUGAAGCUUUCUUUCUCAAAGUGACAGGCUAUGACAAAGAUGAUUAUCUUUUCCAGAGAGUGUCUAGUGUUUCAUUUUCCAGCAUUGUCCCAGAUGCUCCCAAAGUUACCAUGCCCACAAGAACCCCAGGAUACUACCUGCAGCCUGGCCAAAUACUCUGUUCGGUUGAGAGUCUUCUGCCCUUUACCUUGAGCUUUGUGAGAGAUGGAAUUGCACUGGGAGUAGACCAAUAUUUAAAAGAAUCUGCCAGUGUGAACUGGGACUUCAAAAAGGUCACCUUGUCUGAUGAAGGCUUCUAUGAGUGUAUCGCUGUGAGCAGUGCAGGAACUGGAAGGGCACAGACAUUUUUUGAUGUAUCAGAGCCACCUCCAGUCAUCCAAGUGCCUAAUAACGUUACUGUCACUCCUGGAGAAAAAGCAGUAUUGGCAUGUUUUGUCAUCAGUGCGGUGGAUUACAAUCUAACGUGGCAGAGGAGUGGUAGAGAUGUGCGGCUCGCAGAUUCAGCAAGAAUCAGGACCCUGGCCAACCUCUCGCUGGAGCUGAGGAGUGUGAAAAUUGGUGAUGCUGGGGAGUACCGCUGUGUGGUUUCCAGUGAAGGCGGAUCAGCCGCAGCUUCGGUUUUCCUCAUAGUGCAAGAAAAGCCCAAAGUCACUGUGAUGCCCAAGAAUCAGUCUUUCACAGGAGGAUCUGAGGUCUCCAUCAUGUGUUCGGCAACAGGUUAUCCCAAGCCGAAGAUUGUCUGGACUGUUAAUGAGGUGUUUAUCAUGGGUUCACACAGAUACAGGAUGACCCCAGAAGGUACUUUAUUCAUCAAGAAUGCCGUUCCCAAAGAUGCAGGGACCUAUGGUUGCCUGGCCAGCAAUGAGGCUGGGACAGAUCAACAAACUUCUACUCUCAGAUACAUCGAAGCCCCAAAGUUGGUGGUAAUUCAGAGUGAGAUCUUGGUGGCCCUUGGGGAUACAACAGUUAUGGAAUGUAAAACUUCUGGGGUUCCCCCACCUCAAGUAAAGUGGUUCAAAGGAGAUCUUGAGUUGAGGCCAUCAACAUUCCUCAGCAUUGACCCUCUCAUGGGAACUUUGAAGAUUCAAGAAACACAAGAUCUGGAUGCUGGUGAUUAUACCUGUGUAGCCAUCAAUGAUGCAGGAAGAGCAACAGGCAGACUAACUCUGGAUGUAGGCUCACCUCCAGUUUUCAUACAAGAGCCUUCUGAUGUAUCCAUGGAAAUUGGUUCCAAUGUGACAUUACCUUGUUAUGUUCAGGGUUAUCCAGAACCAAAGAUCAAAUGGAGAAGACUGGACAACAUGCCAGUUUUCUCAAGACCCUUUUCAGUUAGUGCCAUCAGCCAGCUGAGAACAGGAGCUCUCUUUAUUUCCAAUUUGUGGGCAAGUGACAAAGGAACAUAUAUCUGUGAAGCUGAGAACCAGUUUGGAAAAAUACAGACACAGACAACAGUAACGGUGACAGGACUUGUUGCCCCGCUUAUUGGAAUCAGCCCUUCUGUGGCCAGCGUUAUUGAAGGACAGCCACUAACUCUGCCUUGUACUCUGUUGGCUGGAAAUCCCAUCCCAGAACGGCGAUGGAUGAAGAACUCAGCCAUGUUGGUACAAAAUCCUUAUAUAACUGUGCGCAGUGAUGGGAGCCUCCAUAUUGAAAGAGUCCGGCUUCAGGACGGAGGAGAAUAUACUUGUGUGGCCAGUAAUGUUGCUGGAAUUAAUAACAGAACAACCUCUGUGGCCGUGCAUGUUCUGCCAACCAUUCAGCACGGACAGCAGAUACUCAGCACAAUUGAAGGCGUUCCAGUAACUUUACCGUGCAAAGCAAGUGGGAUUCCCAAGCCGUCUAUCACCUGGUCAAAGAAAGGAGAGCUGAUUUCAACUGGCAGUGCCAAGUUUUCUUCAGGGGCUGAUGGGAGUCUGUACGUGGUGUCCCCAGGAAGUGAGGAGAGUGGGGAGUACCUCUGCACAGCCACCAAUGCCGCAGGGUAUGCCAAGAGGAAGGUGCAGCUGACUGUCUAUGUGAGACCCAGAGUGUUUGGGGACCAAAGAGGAUUGUCUCAAGAUGACCCUGUGGAGAUUUCUGUCCUGUCUGGGGAGGAGGUGACACUUCCCUGUGAAGCUAAAAGCUUACCCCCACCCAUCAUCACCUGGGCCAAGGAUGGCCAACUCAUCUCUCCAUUUUCUCCAAGACACAUGUUUCUCCCUUCUGGCUCAAUGAAGAUCACGGAGACUCGCCUUUCAGACAGUGGGAUGUACCUUUGUGUUGCCACAAAUAUUGCUGGGAAUGUGACUCAGUCUGUUAAAUUAAGUGUCUAUGUUCCUCCAAAAAUCCAGCAUGGAAUUAGACACAUAAAAGUCCAAGUUGGCCAGAGAGUGGACAUCUCGUGCAAUGUCCAUGGGUCUCCACCUCCUGUGAUCACCUGGUUUAAAAGUGGAAGGCCCAUGCAACAUCCUAGCAACCUGGAUGGAAUGCUGAGCAUUGAGCAAGCUGGUAUCUCAGAUGCAGGCAUAUAUACAUGUGUUGCCACGAACAUAGCCGGUAGUGAUGAGGCAGAGGUCAUACUGCAAGUCCAAGAACCACCUACAGUGGAAGACUUGCAACCUCCCUUUAAUACUCCAUUCCAAGAAAGACUGGUCAAUCAGCGCAUCGCAUUUCCAUGCCCUGCAAAAGGUACUCCCAAACCAACCAUCAAGUGGUUACACAACGGUAGAGAGGUGACAGGGCAAGAGCCUGGUGUUUCUAUCUUGGAAGAUGGCACACUGUUGGAAAUUGCUUCUGCUGCUCCACACAACAAUGGUGACUACGUCUGUGUGGCCACCAACGAAGCUGGGACCACAGAAAGGAAGUACAACCUCAAAGUUCAUGUUCCACCAGCAAUUAAAGAUAAAGAACAGGUGACCAACGUGUCCGUGUUGGUAAACCAGCUGGCCAGUCUCUACUGUGAAGUAGAAGGAACUCCAUCCCCUGUCAUAAUGUGGUAUAAGGACGAUAUCCAGGUGAUGGAAAGCAGUACUGUUCAGAUCAUGAACAAUGGGAAGAUACUAAAACUCUCUAAAGUAUCUGCAGAGGAUGCAGGAAAAUAUUCCUGCAAAGCAAUUAAUAUUGCGGGCACCGCUCAGAAGUACUUCAGUGUCAGCGUACUAGUUCCACCCAGCAUAAUCGGUGCCAGCUCCCCAAAUGAAGUCUCUGUUGUUCUCAACCACAACGUCACCCUGCAGUGCCGUGUCAGAGGCGCGCCCUUCCCUGCUAUCCACUGGUUCAAGGAUGGCAAGCCUUUAUUUUUGGGAGAUCCUAACAUUGAACUUUCAGACAGAGGUCAGAUUGUACAUCUGAGGAAUGCACGGAGGAGUGACAAGGGGCGCUACCAAUGUGUGGUGUCUAAUGCGGCAGGCAAGCAAGCCAAGGACGUAAAGCUGACUGUCUACGUCCCGCCCAGCAUUAAAGGAGGAAAUGUGACCACAGAAAUAUCAUCACUGCUCAACAGCAUAGUUAAGCUGGAAUGUGAGACACGGGGGCUUCCAGUGCCUGCCAUUACUUGGUAUAAGGACGGCCAGGUAGUCAUAUCCAGCCCACAAGCACUUUAUAUUGAUAAGGGACAGUUUCUUCACAUUCCAAGAGCUCAGGUCUCCGAUUCAGCAACAUAUACGUGCCAUGUAUCCAACGUUGCCGGAACAGCAGAAAAAUCAUUCCAUGUUGACAUCUAUGUUCCUCCAGUAAUUGAAGGUGACUUGACCACGCCUUCAAAUAAGCAAGUUGUUAUUGGUCAAUCACUGAUCCUGGAGUGUAAAGCUGCUGGAAACCCCCUUCCUACCCUUACUUGGUUAAAAGAUGGUGUACCUGUGAAAGCCAGCGACAACAUCCGCAUAGAAGCUGGUGGAAAGAAACUCGAAAUCUUGAGUGCCCUAGAAGUUGAUCGGGGACAGUACGUAUGUGUGGCCACCAGUGUGGCAGGAGAGAGGGAAAUCAAAUACGAAGUUGAUGUCUUAGUCCCACCAGCUAUAGAAGGAGGAGAUGAAACAUCUUACUUCAUCGUGAUGGCAAAUAACUUAUUGGAGCUAGAUUGCCAGGUUACAGGCUCUCCCUCACCAACUAUCAUGUGGCUAAAAGGAGGUCAGUUAAUUGAUGAAAGAGAUGGAUUCAAGAUUUUACUAAAUGGACGCAAACUGGUUAUUACUCAGGCUCAAGUGUCAGAUACAGGCCUGUACCAAUGUGUGGCAACGAACACUGCAGGGGACCGCAGGAAGGAGUUUGAAGUGAUGGUUCAUGUUCCUCCAACAAUCAAGUCCUCAGACCUUCCUGAGCAGACUGUGGUGAGACAUAAGACAGUCACCUUGCAGUGCGUAGCCAAUGGCAUUCCAAACCCAUCCAUUACAUGGCUAAAGGAUGACCAGCCUGUGAACACUGCUCAAGGAAACCUCAGAAUACAGUCUUCUGGUAGAGUUCUACAAAUUGCCAAGGCUCUUUUGGAGGACGCUGGCAGGUACACGUGUGUGGCUACCAAUGCAGCUGGAGAAGCACAGCAGCACAUUCAAUUACAUGUGCAUGAACCUCCCAGCCUGGACUAUGCAGGGAAGAUUUUGAAUGAGACAGUGGUGGUAAAUAACCCCACUCAGUUGGAGUGUAAAGCAGCAGGCAGUCCUGUUCCUGCUAUUACGUGGUACAAAGACAACCACCCACUCUCAGGUUCCACGAGUGUAGCCUUCUUGAACAGAGGGCAGAUCCUUCAUAUUGGAAGUACUCAGAUCUCAGAUUCUGGCAUCUACAAAUGUGUGGCCAUCAACUCUGCUGGAGCUACAGAAUUGUUUUAUAGUCUGCAAGUUCACGUGCCUCCUUCAAUCUCAGGUAGUAGUUCCAUGGUGGAGGUGGUGGUGAAUAAUCUAGCAAGGUUAGAAUGUGAAGCCCGGGGCAUUCCUGCCCCUAGUCUGACCUGGCUGAAAGAUGGAAGCCCUGUCUCUAGCUUUGCUAAUGGAAUACAGGUUCUCUCUGGGGGUCGCAUUUUAGCGCUGACCAGUGCACAGAUGAGUGACACCGGAAGGUACACCUGUGUGGCAGUGAAUGCUGCUGGGGAGAAACAAAGGGAUAUUGACCUCAGAGUGUAUGUUCCACCCAACAUUAUGGGAGAAGAACAGAAUAUCUCUGUCCUCAUUAGCCAAGCUGUGGAGUUAAUUUGUCAGAGCGAUGCUGUUCCUGCACCUACUCUGAUGUGGUUAAAGGAUGGCCGCCCUCUGCUGAAGAGGCCAGGCCUCACUGUCUCUGAAAAUGGAAGUGUGCUAAAGAUUGAUGAUGCUCAGGUUCAAGACACUGGUCGUUACACCUGUGAAGCGACAAAUGUCGCUGGAAAAACUGAGAAAAACUACAAUGUUAACAUCUGGGUACCACCUAGUAUUUAUGGCUCUGAUGAGCUUGUGCAACUUACAGCCAUUGAAGGUAAUCUUGUCACUCUGCUGUGUGAAUCAAGUGGAAUUCCACCCCCAAGUCUUACUUGGAAGAAGAAAGGCUCCCUGGUGUUGGCUGACUCUGCAGGCCGAGUUCGCAUUUUAUCUGGAGGCAGACGGUUACAGAUUUCCAUUGUGGAGAAGUCGGAUGCAGGGCUCUAUACAUGUGUAGCAUCCAGUGUGGCUGGAGCUGCGAAGAAAGAGUACAGCUUGCAGGUGUACAUUCGACCAUCUAUAGCCAACAGUGGCAGCCACCGCCCAGAGAUUAUUGUCAUCCGUGGGAAGAGUGUUUCCUUGGAAUGUGAGGUGCAGGGUAUUCCUCAGCCAACAGUGACCUGGAUGAAAGAUGGCCGCCCCUUGACCAAGGGGAAGGGAGUGGAAAUACUGGAUGAAGGUCGCAUUCUUCGGCUGAAGAACGCUCAUGUAUCUGACACAGGCCGUUAUGUGUGUGUUGCUGUGAAUGUAGCAGGAAUGACUGACAGAAGAUAUGACUUAAGUGUUCAUGCCCCUCCAAGCAUCAUAGGGAACCUUGGUGUCCCUGAGAAUGUCAGUGUGGUGGAAAAGAGCUCUGUAUCCCUGACUUGUGAAGCCUCCGGCAUCCCCUUGCCGUCCAUAACCUGGCUUAAAGAUGGCUGGCCUGUGAGCCUCAGCAGUUCUGUGAAGAUUCUCUCAGGAGGCAGGAUGCUGCGGUUGAUGCAGUCCAGACCAGAAGAUGCUGGCCAGUACACUUGUGUUGUAAGGAAUGCAGCUGGUGACGACAGGAAAGUGUUUGGACUUUCAGUAUUAGUUCCUCCUCAUAUUGUGGGUGAAAAUACAUUGGAAGAUGUAAAGAUUAAAGAGAAACAAAGUGUUACAUUGACGUGUGAAGCGACAGGGAAUCCUGUGCCACAGAUCACAUGGCACAAAGAUGGACAGCUUCUCCAAGAAGAUGAAGUCCACCACCUGAUUUCUAAUGGCCGCUUUCUUCAGAUCACCAAUGCUCAGGUGUCACACACAGGACGAUACACAUGUUUGGCCUCUAAUACAGCUGGCGACAAAAGCAAAAGUUUCAGUCUCAAUGUGUUUGUAUCUCCUACAAUUGCUGGUGUAGACAGCGAUGGCAGCCCUGAAGAUGUCAUUGUCAUCCUCAACAGCCCCACUUCUUUAGUGUGUGAGGCAUAUUCCUAUCCACCAGCUACCAUCACCUGGUUCAAGGAUGGAGCGCCUUUAGAAUCCAACCGAAAUAUUCGGAUUCCUCCAGGAGGCCGUACUCUGCAGAUCCUAAGUGCGCAGGAAGACAAUGCUGGCAGAUACUCAUGUGUGGCCACCAAUGAGGCUGGGGAAAUGAUAAAGCGCUAUGAAGUGAAGGUCUACAUUCCACCCAUAAUCAAGAAAGGGGACCUUUUGGGGCCAGGUCUUUUCCCUAAAGAAGUGAAGAUUAGGGUGAACAGCAGCCUGACCCUGGAAUGUGAAGCUUAUGCGAUUCCUUCUGCCUCCCUUCGCUGGUACAAGGAUGGACAGCCCCUUGAAUCAGAUGAUCAUGUUAACAUCGCCGCAAAUGGGCAUACUCUUCAAAUAAAGGAAGCUCAAAUAUCAGACACUGGACGGUACACUUGUGUUGCAUCUAACCUUGCAGGUGAAGAUGAGUUGGAUUUUGAUGUGAAUAUCCAAGUUCCUCCAAGUUUUCAGAAACUCUGGGAAAUCGGAAACAUGCUAGAUACUGGCAGGACUGGUGAAGCCAAAGAUGUGAUCAUCAACAACCCCAUUUCUCUGCACUGCGAGACAAACGCUGCUCCUCCCCCAACUCUGACAUGGUACAAAGAUGGCCGACCUCUUACCUCCAGUGACAGAGUACUGAUUUUGCCAGGAGGGCGAGUGUUGCAGAUUCCCCGGGCCAAAGUAGAAGAUGCCGGAAGGUACACAUGUGUAGCUGUGAAUGAGGCUGGAGAAGAUUCCCUUCAGUAUGACGUCCGUGUACUCUUGCCACCGGUUAUCAAGGGAGCAAAUGGUGAUCUCCCAGAAGAGGUCACCGUGCUAGUGAACAAGAGUGCACAGAUGGAAUGUUCGUCCAGCGGUAGCCCAGCACCCAGGAAUUCCUGGCAGAAAGAUGGACAGUCCUUAUUAGAAGAUGAGCAUCAUAAGCUCCUAUCUGAUGGCAGGAUUCUUCAGAUUCUAAAUGCUCAAAUAACAGAUAUUGGGAGGUAUGUGUGUGUUGCUGAGAACACAGCUGGGAAUGCCAAAAAGUACUUCAACCUCAAUGUUCAUGUUCCUCCAAGCGUCAUUGGUCCUAACCGUGACCAGCUCUCUGUGGUGGUGAACCAUUUCAUCUCUUUGACCUGCGAAGUUUCUGGUUUUCCCCCUCCUGACCUCAGCUGGCUCAAGAAUGAACAGCCCAUCAAGCCAAACACUAAUGUUCUCAUUGUGCCUGGUGGUCGAACUCUACAGAUUAUUCGGGCCAAGGUAUCUGAUGGCGGUGAAUACACAUGCAUCGCUAUCAACCAAGCUGGAGAAAGCAAGAAGAAAGUUUCUCUGACUGUUCAUGUACCCCCAAGUAUUAAGGAUCAUGGCAGCGAGUCUCUUUCUGUAGUUAAUGUGAGAGAGGGGACCUCAGUGUCGUUGGAGUGCGAGUCAAAUGCUGUCCCUCCUCCAGUCAUCACCUGGUCUAAGAAUGGGCGGAUAAUAACGGAUUCUACCCACGUGGAGAUUUUAACUGGUGGACAAAUGCUACACAUCAAGCGAGCUGAGGUGUCUGACACAGGCCAGUAUGUAUGUAGAGCUAUAAAUGUAGCAGGACGAGAUGAUAAAAAUUUCCACCUCAAUGUAUAUGUGCCUCCCACUAUUGAAGGGCCUGAAAAUGAAGCAGUUGUGGAGACCAUCAGCAAUCCAGUGACACUGACGUGUGACGCCACUGGGAUCCCGCCUCCUACCAUAACAUGGUUAAAGAACCACAAGCCUCUAGAAAAUUCUGACCCACUUGAGGUUAACAUUUUAUCUGGAGGAACUAAACUGCAAAUUGGCCGACCUCAGCGUUCAGAUAGUGGAAACUACACCUGUGUUGCAGCCAAUAUGGAAGGAAAGGCUCAGAAAAACUACAUCCUUUCCAUUCAGGUUCCUCCAAGUGUUGCUGGUGCUGAAGUUCCAAGUGAAGUCAGUGUCCUUCUCGGGGAAAAUGUUGAGCUGGUCUGCAAUGCAGAUGGCAUUCCUGCCCCACGUCUUCAGUGGCUUAGGGAUGGAAAACCCAUAGUGAAUGGUGAAACAGAGAGAAUCAGGGUCACUGCAAAUGGGAGCACUUUAAAUAUUUACAGAGCUCUCACAUCCGACACAGGGAAGUAUACAUGUGUGGCCACCAACCCCGCUGGAGAAGAAGACCGAAUAUUUAACCUGAAUGUCUAUGUUCCACCUAAAAUCAGAGGUAAUAAGGAAGAGGCAGAGAAACUGAUGGCUCUGGUAGACACGUCAAUAAAUAUUGAAUGCAAAGCCACGGGAACACCUCCACCGCAGAUCAACUGGCUGAAGAAUGGCCUUCCCCUGCCCCUCUCCUCCCACAUUCGCUUGCUGUCAGCAGGGCAGGUUGUCAGGAUCGUGAGAGCUCAGGUGUCUGACGUUGCUGUCUACACUUGUGUGGCCUCCAACAGAGCUGGGCUGGACAGUAAGCACUACAGCCUUCAAGUCUUCGUGCCACCAAAUAUGGACAAUGCAAUGGGGACAGAGGAAAUCACGAUCGUCAAAGGCAGCUCUACUUCUAUGACGUGCUUUACAGAUGGAACCCCAACUCCUAGUGUGUCCUGGCUCAGAGAUGGCCAGCCUCUGCUGCUUGAUGCUCACCUGACCAUCAGCACUCAAGGGAUGGUGCUUCAGCUCAUCAAGGCAGAAACUGAGGAUUCUGGGAAAUACACCUGCAGUGCCUCAAAUGAAGCUGGAGAAGUCAGCAAGCAUUUUGUCUUGAAAGUUCUAGAACCACCUCACUUCAAUGGAUCUGAAAGACCUGGAGAGGUGUCCGUAAUUGUGAAUAACCCACUUGAACUUUCCUGCAUUGCUUCUGGGAUCCCUGUCCCAAAAGUUUCCUGGAUGAAAGAUGGCCGGCCCUUUCCACAGACAGAUCAAGUACAGACUCUAGAAGGAGGAGCCAUUCUUCGAGUGUCCAGGGCUCAGGUGGAGGAUACAGGAAGAUAUACCUGUCUGGCAUCCAGUCCUGCAGGAGAUGCUGAUAAAGAAUAUUUAGUGAGAGUACAUGUGCCUCCUAACAUUGCUGGAAUGGAUGAAUGGCAGGACCUCACCGUGUUGAGAAACAGACAGGUGACUUUGGAAUGCAAAUCAGAUGCAGUGCCCCCGCCUGUGAUCAUGUGGCUCAAAAAUGGGGAGCAGUUACAGGCAACACCUCGAAUAAGAAUCCUAUCUGGAGGAAGAUACUUACAAAUUAAUAAUGCAGACCUUGGAGACACAGCCAAUUAUACCUGUGUGGCCAGUAACAUCGCAGGAAAGACAAAAAGAGAAUUUCUCCUCACUGUAAAUGUUCCUCCAAGCAUCAGUGGUGGUCCCCAGAGCCUUGUCACUCUCCUAAAUAAGUCAGUUGCACUGGAAUGCCUUGCAGAAGGUGUGCCAAGCCCACGGAUAACAUGGAGAAAGGAUGGAGCUGUGCUAGCUGAGCGCCAUGCGAGAUACUCAGUCUUGGGAAAUGGAUUUCUUCAUAUUCAAUCAGCACAUGUCUCAGAUACUGGACGCUAUUUGUGUAUGGCGACCAACGUGGCUGGAACAGACCGUAAACGGAUAGAUCUCCAAGUCCAUGUUCCUCCAUCUAUUGCUAUGGGUCCAGCCAAUGUAACCAUAACAGUGAAUGUCCAAACGACUCUGGCCUGUGAAGCUACUGGGAUCCCAAAACCAUCAAUCAAAUGGAGAAAAAAUGGACAACUUCUUAAUGUAGAUCAAAAUCAAAAUUCAUACAGGCUCCUCUCUUCAGGUUCACUUGUAAUUAUAUCCCCCUCUGUGGAGGACACCGCCAGUUACGAGUGCACUGUGACAAGUGAGGCUGGAGAGGACAAGAGAACAGUGGAUCUCACUGUCCAAGUUCCUCCCACCAUAGCUGACGAGCCUAUGGAUUUCCUGGUAACCAGACAGGCCCCAGCAGUCAUGACCUGUUCUGCAUCUGGGGUUCCAGCUCCCUCAGUUCACUGGACCAAAAAUGGCAUAAGACUGCUUCCCAGAGGAGAUGGCUAUCGGAUUCUGUCCUCAGGAGCAAUUGAGAUAUUUGCCGCCCAAUUAAGCCAUGCAGGGAGAUACACUUGCAUUGCUAGGAAUGCGGCUGGCUCUGCACACCGGCACGUCACCCUUCGUGUGCAAGAGCCUCCGGUCAUUCAGCCCCAGCCGAGCGAACUGGAUGUCAUUCUGAACAACCCCAUCCUGCUACCAUGUGACGCGACAGGAAUGCCCAAUCCAUUCAUUACUUGGCAAAAGGAAGGCAUCAACGUCAUCACCUCAGGCAAAGGCCUUGCUGUUCUUCCUGGCGGCAGCUUACAGAUCUCCAGAGCUGUUCGAGAAGACGCUGGCACUUACAUGUGUGUGGCUCAGAACCCAGCUGGAACAGCCUUGGGCAAAAUCAAGCUGAAUGUGCAAGUUCCCCCAGGCAUUAGUUCUCGCCAAAAGGAGUAUGUUGUUACUGUGGAUAAGCCUGUCUCUCUACUGUGUGACGCAGAGGGCUUCCCACCCCCUGACAUCACCUGGCACAAAGAUGGCCAGGCCCUCACGGAAUCCAUCCGCCAGCGCAUCCUGAACUCGGGCGCACUGCAGAUAGCCUUUGCUCAGUCUGGUGAUGCCGGUCAGUACACGUGCACGGCAGCCAACGUGGCGGGGUCCAGCAGCAUGAGCGCCACACUCACCGUCCAUGUGCCACCCAGGAUCCAAAGCACAGAAGUCCACUACGCAGUCAACGAGAACUCGCAGGCUGUUCUCCCGUGCCUUGCUGAUGGAAACCCCACACCUGCAAUUCACUGGGAAAAAGACAACGUUCUCAUUGCCAACUCAUUAGGGAAAUACACUGCUCAGCCAUAUGGGGAACUCAUCUUGGAAAAUGCUGUGCUGGAAGAUUCUGGAACCUACACAUGUGUUGCCAACAAUGCUGCUGGUGAAGAUACACAUACUGUGACCCUGACUGUUCAUGCCCUUCCCACUUUCACUGAGCUUCCUGGGGACCUGUCAUUAAAUAAAGGAGAGCAGCUACGGUUAAGUUGCAAAGCCACUGGCAUCCCGUUGCCCAAACUAACAUGGACCUUCAACAACAAUAUUAUUCCAGCUCACUUUGACAGCGUCAAUGGACACAGUGAACUUGUUAUUGAAAAGGUGUCAAAGGAGGACUCAGGCACUUACGUGUGCACAGCAGAGAACAGCGUUGGCUUUGUAAAAGCCAUUGGAUUUGUUUAUGUGAAAGAGCCUCCAGUCUUCAAAGGUGAUUACCCCUCCAACUGGAUUGAACCGCUUGGUGGUAACGCAAUCCUAAACUGCGAGGUGAGAGGAGACCCUGCCCCAACUAUCCAGUGGAGCCGCAAGGGGGCUGGCAUAGAGAUUAGUCACAGGAUCCGACAGCUGGGCAAUGGCUCCUUGGCCAUCUACGGAACCGUGAAUGAAGAUGCUGGCGACUAUACGUGCGUAGCUGCCAAUGAGGCCGGGGUGGUGGAGCGCAGCAUGAGCCUGACCCUGCAGAGUCCCCCCAUUAUCACUCUUGAGCCAGUGGAAACUAUUGUGGAUGCUGGUGACAGAGUCGUAUUGGACUGUCAAGCAGCUGGUGAACCUCAGCCAACCAUCACAUGGUCCCGCCAAGGACACUCCAUCUCCUGGGACAACCGACUUAGCAUGCUGUCUAACGGCUCAUUAUACAUUGUGGCUGCUCGCAAGGAAGACACCUCUGAAUAUGAAUGUGUUGCCCGAAACUUGAUGGGCUCUGUCCUUGUCAGAGUGCCCGUCAUCGUCCAGGUGCAUGGUGGGUUUUCGUUGUGGUCGCCCUGGAGGUCGUGCAGUGUCACCUGCGGAAGAGGCAUCCAAAAGAGGAGCCGACUGUGCAACAACCCGCUUCCAGCCAAUGGUGGUAGACCAUGCCAGGGGUCAGAUUCAGAAACACGACACUGUCAGAAUAAGCUGUGUCCAGUGGAUGGCCACUGGUCAGAAUGGAGUCUCUGGGAAGAAUGCACAAGAAGCUGUGGGCAUGGCAACCAAACCAGGACCAGAACUUGCAGUAACCCGUCGGCUCAGCACGGUGGGCGGCCAUGUGUAGGACAGGCUGUGGAAAUCAUCAUGUGUAACAAUAGGCCUUGCCCAGUUCAUGGAGCGUGGAGUGCUUGGCGGCCUUGGGGUACGUGCAGCAGAAGCUGUGGGAAAGGCAGUCAGACAAGAACAAGACUUUGCAACAACCCACCACCAUCAUUUGGGGGAGCCUACUGCAGUGGAGCAGAAACUCAGAUGCAAGUCUGCAAUGAGAGACACUGUCCAGUUGAUGGGAAGUGGGCGGCGUGGGCCAGUUGGAGUGCCUGCACUGUAUCCUGCGGAGGAGGAGCCAGGAAGAGAACAAGGGACUGUUCUGACCCAGUGCCACAGUAUGGAGGAAGCAAAUGUGCAGGCAGCGCUAUCCAGAGUGAUUUUUGCAAUAGUGACCCUUGUCCAACCCAUGGCAACUGGAGCCCUUGGAGUAGCUGGGGCACCUGCAGCCGGACCUGCAAUGGAGGACAGAUGCGGAGGCACCGCAUGUGUGAUAAUCCACGUCCCUCCAAUGGAGGAAGAGCCUGUGGGGGAGCGGAUACCCAGAUCCAUAGGUGCAACACUGACGUGUGUCCUGUGGAUGGAAGUUGGGGGACAUGGCAUAGUUGGAGCCAGUGUUCUGUCUCUUGCGGAGGUGGUGAAAGGACUCGAAAGAGGCUAUGUGACAAUCCAGUGCCAUCUAAAACUGGCCGUUCCUGUCCAGGCGAUGCCACCCAGGUAUCCAGAUGCAACAUGCAGGCGUGUCCAGGUGGACCCCAGCGAGCCAGAGGAAGUGUUAUUGGGAAUAUUAAUGACAUUGAAUUUGGAAUCGCUUUUCUUAAUGCCACAAUAACCGAGAGCCCUAACUCUGAUACAAGAAUAAUACAGGCCAAGAUUACCAAUGUGCCUCGCAGUCUUGGUCCAGCAAUGAGAAAGAUCAUUUCUAUCCUAAAUCCCAUUUACUGGACAACAGCAAAGGAAAUGGGAGAAGCAGUCAAUGGUUUUACCCUCACUAAUGCAGUCUUCAAAAGAGAGACACAAGUGGAAUUUGCAACUGGAGAGGUCUUGCGAAUGACGCACGUGGCUCGGGGAUUGGACCCUGACGGCGCCUUGCUGCUUGAUGUCGUUGUGAGUGGCCAUGUCCUUCAGCUCCAGACACCUGCAGAAGUCAGCGUGAAGGAUUACACAGAGGAUUACAUUCAAACAGGACCUGGGCAGCUGUACGCCUACUCAACACGGCUCUUCACUAUCGACGGCAUCAGUGUCCCCUACACGUGGAACCACACCAUUGUCUAUGACCAGGCCUGGGGGAAGAUGCCCUUCUUAGUGGAAACACUUCAUGCAUCUUCUGUGGAGUCUGACUACAACCAAUUAGAAGAGACAUUGGGUUUUAAAAUCCAUGCUUCAAUUUCCAAAGGAGAUCGCAGUAACCAGUGCCCCUCUGGGUUCACCUUAGACUCAGUCGGACCCUUUUGUGCUGAUGAAGAUGAAUGCACAGCAGGGAAUCCCUGCUCCCAUACCUGCCACAAUGCCAUAGGAGCUUAUUACUGCUCCUGCCCCAAAGGCCUCACUAUAGCAGCAGAUGGAAGAACCUGUCAAGAUAUCGACGAGUGUGCUUUAGGUGGACAUACCUGCCACGCUGGUCAGGACUGUGACAAUACCAUCGGAUCCUAUCGCUGUGUGGUCCACUGUGGAACAGGCUUCCGGAGAACCUCUGACGGGCUGAGCUGUCAAGAUAUCAAUGAAUGUCAGGAAUCUAGCCCCUGCCACCAGCGGUGUUUCAAUGUCAUAGGAAGUUUCCACUGUGGGUGCGAAGCUGGCUAUCAACUCAAAGGCAGGAAAUGCGUCGAUGUGAACGAAUGUAGACAGAAUGCGUGCAGACCAGACCAGCACUGUAAAAACACCCGUGGUGGCUAUAAGUGUAUUGAUCUUUGUCCAAACGGAAUGACCAAGGCUGAAAAUGGGACCUGUGUUGACAUCGAUGAGUGCAAAGAUGGGACCCAUCAGUGCAGAUACAACCAGAUGUGUGAGAACACGAGAGGCAGCUACCGGUGCGCAUGCCCACGGGGCUAUCGGUCCCAAGGAGUCGGAAGACCCUGUAUUGACAUUAAUGAAUGUGAGCGAGUACCUAAGCCUUGUGCACAUCAGUGCUCCAACACCCCCGGCAGCUUCAAGUGUGUCUGUCCAGCAGGACAACAUUUGUUAGGGGAUGGGAAGUCUUGCGCUGGAUUGGAGAGGCUGUCGAAUUUUGGCAGUCAGUACAGUAGCUAUAACCUUGCACGAUUCUCCCCUGUGAGAAGCGACUAUCAACCUCCGCAGAGUUACAGACAGCAUUCACAGCUCUACAGCUCCUCCUCAGAGUAUAGGAACAGCAGAGCAUCUUUCUCCAGGAAUAGAAGGACUAUUAGGAAAACUUGCCCUGCAGGCUCUGAGGCAAACCAUGAAACCUGUGUAGAUAUCGAUGAAUGUCAAAACAGAGAUACUUGUCAACAUGAGUGUAAAAACACCAUCGGGAGCUACCAGUGUGUCUGCCCACCAGGUUAUCGACUCAUGCUCAAUGGGAAAACAUGCCAAGAUGUAGAUGAGUGUCUGGAGCAGAGUGUGCGCUGUGGGCCCAACCGCAUGUGUUUCAACACGAGAGGAAGCUAUCAGUGCAUCGACACACCCUGUCCGCCCAAUUACCAGCGGGAUCCUGUUCUGGGGUUCUGCCUUAAAAACUGCCCACCCAACGACCUGGAGUGCACCUUGAGCCCAUAUGCCUUGGAGUAUAAGCUUGUCUCGCUCCCAUUUGGGAUAGGUGCCAAUCAAGAUUUAAUCCGGCUGGUUGCAUACACACAGGACGGAGUGCUGCAUCCCAGGACGACUUUCCUCAUGGUCGAUGAGGAGCCAGCUGUUCCUUUUGCCCUGAGGGACGAAAACCUGAAAGGAGUGGUGUACACCACGCGUCCGCUGCGAGAGGCCGACACCUACCGCAUGAAGGUGCGCGCUCUGUCCUACAGUGCCAACGGGACCAUCGAGUACCAGACCACAUUCAUAGUCUAUAUAGCUGUGUCUGCCUAUCCGUACUAGGAAGGACUCCAGAACCUAGUGCAAACAUUUGAGCGGCAUUAACCACGGCAAUCAAGGACCCCUACAGUUUACUAUCUCUUGAAGAGUUGCAGUCUUGGCGACUUGACAGUGGUGCUAUACUCCGUUAUGUGUGUUCCUUGGUACUGCUGAGGUGGCUGUGUGAUCACACUAUGAUUGUGUAUCCUUUAGAAGAGCCCUCUGUUGUUUUCUUUAUUUAUUACACUGGAGCAGUUGCUUCCCAAAGAUUAUUCUGAUCAGCUAAUAGGACACAUCAGUGAGGUUGUAUAGUUACAUAGAAGCUAAGAUCAUUUUCUUGGAAACAAUGUUUAAAAACUAAUUCAAAUAGAUUUCUGAGCAUUUGGCUAUUCUUAGAAUGGUAAACCCAGUUGCUAUGUAUUUUGAUAAAAGCUUAUGAUAUAAUAUAAGAUUUUUUAAAUAUUGAUAUAAGUCUUAUACAUCUCCUUUCAGUUUAAGGUUAAAAAAAAAUAUACCCACGAUUACUGAACUAUAGUACAGAUACAACAAAAUCUGUUUGAACCCAAAACAGAGCUUGCCUUUAUUAAAUACUCAAGAUGCAUUCCCUGAGUUCUGUGAAAUCGUCUGACUCUUGUACUAUGAUAUCAGAAAGUUACUUUCCCUUUAGACAAUUGCCCAUGGCACGGGUCUUUGACAUUUUGAUAUAACCAUUUAUUCACUCCGCUCCAUAACUUUUACAUUCCAUAUUUUUUCUGUCAAAUAAAAUAAUUUUAAGACAUAGCAAUAGAACAGGUUUCUUGAUUAUUUGUAAUCAUAUAUGUUCGAGUUAACAUGUUAAACCUCAACACACUGUACACGGUGGCUACAGACUCUGUAAGCAAUUGUCAAGAUGUAUUCUAUUUUAUGAAGUGUAUAUAUUACCUUAGUGUGUAUUUUCUAUAUAAUAUCUUGAUGGACUCGUUUAUAAAAUUAUUUUAUAAAAAAAAUACAGUAAAUUCAGCCUAAAUAAAAAUUUCACCUCUUUUUCUUAAGAACCUAAAAA